CUUUUAUGGAUUUAAAUAAAAAGAAAAGUGGAAAGAAGAAUGAUCAUUAUUGUUAUGGAUAACUAAAGUAAUGAUUUAGGUUAAUUUUAAGGUUUGGUGAUGUACAAAAUUAGAUAAGAAAUAUUUCACUAAAAACAUUUUUUGGUAAUCCAGAGUUUGAAAUAUUUUGUAUUCGAUUUGAUUAUGAAGAUUAACUAAUAGCAGCAGGUAUGAAAAAUGAUAAAUUUAGGUUGUUCUGAUGGGACAGUGAAAAUUUUUAAUAUAGCCACAGGUGAGUUAUAAUGUUAAUAUUUGUUAGGGAAAUUAGCAUUUAAUUUAUAAGGAUCAUCUGAAGGAUCAACUCCAACAACAAGUAUUAGAUGGAGAAAGGAUAGUGGAAAUAAAGUUAAAAAUGUAGUGAUAAAUGUGAAUUCUGAUGGAUCAAUAAUGUUUUGGUAAGCUUAGACAGGAAAAUAAUUGCAUAGAAUGAUAGAAAAGAAUAAUUAAAUAUUAUGUAUGGAUUUAAGAAUAGAUGGUGAAGUAUUUGCUACUUCUGGAAAAGAUUGUAAAGUAUUAAAUAAAAAAUAUUUAUUAGAUCCGAAUUUAUGAUGAGGAAAAAAAAGAAAUUAUUCAUAUAUUUGAUUCAGCUGAUUAGUAAGAUAUUAUAAAUAUUUUAAGUAAUUAAAUUGGACAUUUGAAUAGGGUGUUCUCUUUAAAAUUCUUAGAGGAAUUCCCAAGCACUCUUCUUUCUUGUGGUUGGGAUGGUAAUCUAGUAAUUUGGGAUCUUAGAGAUAAAAGAAGUGUUGGAUCUAUUUAAGGACCUAAUGUAUCUGGAGAUAGUAUAGAUUUUAGGUAAAAUAUGAUGAAUAAUUAAAUUAAGGAAUGGUUAAAUUCUUACUGGUUCUUAUAGAACAAAUAAUUAAUUACAACUUUGGGAUUUUGGUAAAAGAAGUUUGAUUACAAAUAUCAAAUGGGAUAGUACUGAUUCAGAUAAUUCUUAUAUUUACUCUUGUUAAUAUAGUAAAAUAAAUAGUGAUACUAUAUUGGCAGGUAGUAGUGGUAAUUAAGAAGUGAAAUUAUUUGAUAUAAAUCAAAAUUAUGAAGUUAGUGGAUGGAUACGUGAUUUAUAAGAAGGUUAAUAUCAAAUAUUAAUUUAUAAGGUAUAUAUUGUGUCGAUUACGGAAAUAAAUCAAAUAAAUUUGCAUUUGGAGGUGGAGAAGGAGUAGUAUACAUUUGUUAAUUGAAUACAUAUAAAUGA